AUGAAACUCGCGUCGCCCGGCGACCAAUGGCGAUGUUGAGAGGAUGUUUACCGCCGCCGGCCGAGAUUUGUAAGAUUUGUUGUCAGGAGUCUCCUCGCACGGUACGGGGGUGUAUGACGUUUGCCUAGCAGGAAAACCGCUGCGCUUUCGGUAAAUCGGAAAAGUCGCGCGACCGUGCGAUACGUAUAUUAUUUUUCUUCUCUCGUAACGUAACUGACCUACGAGUGCGCGAGUGUCAUUGUCUAGUUUGGAGACUUGAUGGGAGAGUAUUUGAAAGAGCGCGUGGCUCGUUAUGGGACCGGUGGCGGCGAAAGACAGGAGGAAACAAGCCAGACCGCAACGAAAAGUUGAUAUGUCCUCCGAGUCCAAUGGUAUGGUUACCAAUCUUUCAGUGCCUGCAACAAACCUUCCAGACGAUAACCAUAACGAAAUCACCGAGAAUCCCAAUACCCUGCAGGAGAAGGGUCCUCCGGAAAACGUCUCCAACGGCAUCAGCAGUCCUGGCGACUUGAAGGACCUCACCACGUCGGAGUAUAGCGAUGACGAGGACAGAUUUCAAGUGGUGUGCGAACUUACAGCUUCCCCGCUUACGAACGGCGCUAUCAAAGAGGAGGACCUCGCGCCCGCGACGCCCGAGUACUUCAUCAAGUGCCCCCAAUGCCAGAAGGGCUGCCAGACAUUCCAGGCGCUCAAGGAGCACAUGGAGUGCGCCCACGUCGACCAGACGAGCGCGUCGGAGAGCGGGGGCGGCCUGACCGCCCCCAGCUCGGUGUCGCCGUCGUUGCCGUGCACCGGGGGGCCCUUCGGGUGCUCCCAGUGCACGGCCACCUUCGGCGCCAAGGACCAGCUGGAGAAGCACGAGCUGCUGCACUCUCCUAACGCGCAAGUGUCGUGCAAAGUGUGCAAUAAAACCUUCGCCAACGUGUAUCGCCUGCAAAGGCACAUGAUCAGCCACGACGAGAGCGCCAUUUUAAGGAAGUUCAAAUGCACCCAGUGUGAUAAAGCUUUCAAAUUCAAGCAUCAUUUAAAAGAACACAUUAGAAUCCACAGCGGCGAGAAGCCGUUCGAAUGCGGCAAUUGCGGCAAGCGUUUCUCCCAUUCCGGUUCCUAUUCUAGUCACAUGACGUCGAAGAAAUGCCUGGUGAUGAACGUGAAGUUGGGCAGGACAAGGGCCCCGUCGAAUUCGAUGCUGGACAAAAAUACUCAACCGAACCUCAGGGCCGCCAAGCGAUCGAACAUCAGCCCUAUAAACAACAACAUCACGACCAGCCCCAAUCACAAUUCCUACCUGCCGAUCCUGCCCAAGUACCCCGAAGCGGCGGCCGCCUUCCUGCAAUCCUCCCUGCAAUCGCCCUUCUACCUGGGCCCGCCUAGUAUUCUCAACGCGCACGCCAUCAGCCCCUAUUCGAUACCGUCGCUCGGCCACAUACUGGAGCAGCUGCAGCACCAGCACCAGCAGAACCAGCAGCAACAGCAGCACCAGCACAGCCCGGCGCGGCCGGCCUUCGUCGACAACUGUGAUAACAACCCCGCGUGCAAAGUCGAAAAUUCCAGCAACCAUUCGGAGAAUUCCAACGCCUCCGAAUGCGGGGACCUCGUCAUGGACGAGGACGCUCAAGCGGACAACGACGUGAAAAAAGAGCCCGACAGCCGGGCCAGCAACGGCGAUUUGGAGGCGGUGAAGAGGAUCUUGGAGACGGUGAACGCCACCGUCACUAAGGAACUCCUCGAGGCGAAUAUGCAGAAGAUCUCGGACACCUCGAGCGAGUGCCACAGCGUCGCUUCCGCCCAUUCCCCAAAGCAGUGCUUUAGAUGCAUCAUGUGCAAGAGGGCGUUCGAAACGCAGGGUUCGCUCGAAGAGCACGAGUGUGGCGAUAUCAAGAGCGAAGGUUUGGCGGCGAAAUUGGAAGGAGCUUUAGAGGGAGCGCAAAACGGUAGCGUAAGCGGCGAGGACCAAGACAUCCAUUAUAGCGCGAACGACGAAAUCGAUUCGGAAUCCUUCACCACGACAGAUCACGUUUCCGAAGACGGUAGAAAAGUCAGAGUGAGGUCGUUAAUAUCCGACGAACAACUAAAAAUCUUAAAAGACAAUUACAAAUUAAACCCGAGACCCAAACGAGAAGACUUGGAGAAAAUCGCAUCGAACGUGGGCUUUCCGGUUCGCGUGGUGCAAGUGUGGUUCCAAAACACCAGAGCCCGAGAUCGAAGAGAAGGCAAACUGAUACAAGUACCCUACAGUCCUCUAUCGCCCCGCUACAACCUACCAUCGAAACCGCCGGCGUACGAAUACACGUCCGAGCAACCCCUAGAUCUUUCGAUCAAACGAGAAACCAACUCGACGGAAUCGUCGCCGUCCAGCUCGCCGCGCCGGCCCUCCUCCGACGCCAACACCAACGACGAGGCGGUGAAUUUGAGCAGGAAGAACUCGAGGAGCCCCACGCCGUACCCGCCGCCCUACCAGCACCACUACCAGAACUCCAACUCGUCGGAGCCGCGCCGGUCGCCGUCGCCGUUGGACUUCAACAGCAGCCGCUUGGCGCAGAUACUGGCGCAACCGUCGCACAAGCUCGCCCUGCCCGGCAUGGGGCUCGUCCCGAUGGACCAGCUCAUGCAGUUCGGCGCCGCCGACUUGCCCAGCCUGUCGCAGUUCAUCAGCAGCCGGAUGUCGAGCUUGAGCCCCAGCGAGAAGCGCGCUUGGACCGAGGGACCCGCCGACGGCGAGGAGGAUCCCGCGAAUCCCAAUAAGAGGAGCAAAGUGGCGCAGUUCGUGUUCAAAGGCCUCAGCAGUCCAGUAUUAAGCGGCCAAGAGGCGGAAGCCGAAGGGCAGUUCUCUUGCGACCAGUGUGAUAAGGCGUUUUCGAAGCAAAGCUCGCUGGCUAGACACAAGUACGAGCAUUCAGGUCAGCGGCCGCACAAGUGCGAUGAGUGCCCCAAAGCGUUCAAGCACAAACACCACCUGACGGAGCACAAGCGGCUCCACAGCGGCGAGAAGCCUUUCCAGUGCAGCAAAUGCCUGAAGAGGUUCUCGCAUUCGGGUUCCUACAGCCAGCACAUGAACCACCGCUUCUCCUACUGCAAGCCCUACAGGGAGUAACUGCGCGGGAUGGCUCGUUUGUAAUGUUGUGAUGGUUUGUUUAGUUUACCGUUCGAAAAAAAACAUAGACCGGAUUUUAAGUUUGCGGUGCCAUAAUUUCGAAGCUUUAGUUUUUUCUCACUUUUUGAGUUCCGAUAUUUUUGUAACUUGUACAUAACUUCUCUGGUACCUGUACGAUAAUACUCAUAGUAUACAGAGAAACAGUGCCAGAAAAAAAAAUCUAAGUCUUCCACCACUAAAAGAUUGUUCCGGUGGUGUAGCAGGCGAUGGGGCACCAAGGCAAUUGUUGUUUAAAAAUAAAAUGAAAAAAAUUAGUCGUUUAUGUGCAAUUGGACGUGAGUUACGUAUUUUAGUAGAGUAUAAUAAUGAGAAAAAAAAUGAAGUUUGUGAUUGGAAGAUUUCAGAUAUUAUUUUUUUAAUAUUACCGAAAAUUAAUAUGUAGAUAAUGUAAGAUAUAGAUAUUGCUUUAUUGAAAGUGCCAUAUUAUCUACGGAAUAAAAAUUAAAGAGAUGUAUAGCCUAAUUGUAUGGAAAGGUUUCAAUACAUCGAUUUACCAUAGUAUAGUAACCUUUAGUUUGUUUAGUAAACGUUUAUUUCUAUAUUUGCAAAAACGUGCAAUUUUUUACUAUACAGGGCGGCCCUAUUUAAAACAGUCCAAGUGAAAUAAUUUUUUUUUUUGGGAAAUUCCCGAUGUUCAAAUUGCGACCCAUUUACUUUCAUGCAGUAACAAAGUGUUUGUUCAACAUGUUGACUGUUUUAAAUAAGCCACCCUGUAUAUACAGCUAAAUUCCAAACACUUCUAUACAUUUGUUGCGACCACUGUCGUAUAUUUCUAAGAUCUGGAAACAUAGGUCGAAAAAGUAUCCCGUUGAAAGCUCAAAAAGUCGUCAUUUAACGGGACACAUUCUCUAAUGCAAAAUCAUAGGCUGUUUCCAGACCUUAGAAAUAUAGGGCCGUGAUUGCGACAAACCUAAUUAUUUCAAAUUUAACAAGUUAAAAAAUAUAAUAUAUAAAAAUAAACGGUUACUUUUUAGAUUAUAUAUUUAUAUAAAUGUAAACAGUACAAUAAGAGGCGGAUAAAAGCCUUUUGCAUCGAAGUGUUACAUGACAAUACGUAGAAAGCUCAUAGUUUUUUCGAACAAUACAAUGAAUUAAAUGGUGCAAGUCGUUACUUUUUGUAAGCAUUUAUUUAAUCGAAAACGAAAUAAGAUACUGAAAUACGCGUAAGUUGAACGGUGUGUUUGUUACCAAUAUUUCUUUCGCCUUUUUUAAGAGUAUAUUAAACUUAAGUGAACCGGCGAUUUCGGAAGUUUUUCUGCAAGAUUUAUAGUCCCAAAAUUACUCGACGCUCUUCUUCUUUUUUUAUAUUAAUUGACUACUGUUACUAGGAGGUAUUUUUUAAUAAAUUUCGCGGCGAAAUUUCCGAAAUUCGCUAAAAAAAGUAUUCAGUCAUUCCAAAUUACGUACCUUAAAUGUAUAAUUUUUCCAGUGUGCAAAUUUUCUAUAUGUAAGAUUUUUGACAAUAACGUAGCUAUUUGAUAUAAACUUAUUUAGUGAAAGCGCUGUUAAUAAUUAUUGAAAGAUGCAGAAAAAAAGAAAGUAGCAUUUAUUCUAAACAUUAAAAAAAUCUCAAAGGUAUGUGAGAAUCGGAGAUAUAAGAAAAAUUAUAUUAUAUAUACGAUUUAUAUUAAUGCAUAAAAGUUUUAAUAAAUCUUAAGAUAAUCUAUGAAUUUCUGUGUAUAGGUAUAUUGUGUAAAUAUUGAAUGUUUUUUCUCUUAAUCGUCUGGAAAAAAAAGCAUUUUUUACUUGUUUCUUGGACUUUUGAGAAUUCGUCCUCUUAUAUAAAAAAAGUUUAUCUACAACUCUUUUUAUUUUUGUACGUUUUUUGCAUUUUUUAUUUAAAUACGCACACUUUUUAGUCACUACUUUAAUUAUUGUUGCUCGUAUUUCUCCUUUUUUUUUGUUAAUAAUAUUGUAUUUUUUAUACAUCGGCUAGUUUUACCAAAGAUAUUGUAAUAUAUUUAGCCAUAAAAAAAUCUAUAUAGUUUAAAAGACGUUCUAUUUUGUUUAUAAUUUUGUCAAUUUUUUAUGUUUAUAUAAAUGGUCUUGUAAAAAUGGUGAUUAUAACGAAUGUCUGUGUAUAUUCUAUUACAAAAAGUUGAAGAAUGUAUUUUACUCAACCUGAAUAAACUACCUACCAAAAUUAUUCUCCAGUUUUUACUUUAAUACACCUCCAACAAACGAAAUUAUAAAUAAUAACAUGCUAAUACUGAAGGGUGUGAUUCUUGGACCCGUUUUAAGAAAAAAACUUCAUAUGCACCUAUGCCCUAAACUUCUUAACUUUAGAGAUAUAGGGUGUUAAAAUUUUAAGAAUAAAAUCAAUUUUUUACUGUCAUUUCUAUACCACUUUAAAUAUUUUUAUGAAAUUUGGUGUACAGCGUUUAUGCAUUAAAGAUCAUUUUUUGACCUAAAAAGCAUUUUUUAUUUCCAACAGUGGCGUCCGUACUGGACCCAGGCCAAAUAUUUUUGAGGGUAAAAGUGGUACGCCACUGCUCUUUCUCUUGAAAUAAAAAUUAUUUUUAGAGUCCCCAUUCAAUUUUGAACAAAUUUGAUUUCUUGACUUUUUUUCGUACGACUCGCCCUUAGGACAUAUGUUAUGAAGUUUUUUUCUUAAAAUGGGUCCAAGAAUCACCCAUUAACAAACACCCUGUAUAAAGAAAUAUAUUUUAAUAACCUUAAACUAGAAUCUUUGUAUCACAAAACAUAAAUAAAAUCUGUAAUUCUAUAAAAAAAUGCAAACAAUUAACGUCCCCAAAGUCCAUUUAAUCCUUUCGAAAUUUCUGCAAAGACCUUUGCAACCCGUGCCCCAACAAUUUAGCAACCCCCACGUUCAAUCUCGACACACUCCGACCCACCGGUAUAAAAUAAGACAUACCCUUUUUGUCCAUAUCCUCCAAGCAAUUAAAAAUCCUGCUGCAAUGAUUGCUCUCAUCGUUCUUCUCGUGCGUGUACAGCACAUCGCAGAUGAAGUACCGUUUGGCCAGCAGCUCGAGCACCGGCUUGGAGAACUCGAUCUUCGGUAUGGUGUACGAUCGGUUGUAGAAAAUGAUCGUACGAAUCAGAUAAGGCGGAAUCUCGUCCUCGGGCACUAUGACGUUGUCGUUGAUCUGCUCGAAUAGCAAGUUCAUAUCGAAGGUAUCCUCCACAUCGCACACCGUGAUUUUAUCUAUGGCUUUGCGUAUCUUGCGUACAUCACUCGUGAAGUGCAGCACCCACGUAAUGUCGUUUUCGUUCAGUAAUAUCAGAGCGUAUUCGUGCUUUUUGUUGAUGCUGUGUUUCGUUUCGAGGAAUAGGUUCAAGGCUCUCUUCAGCAUGGUGAUGGGGGUGAAGGUCUCGGUGGUAUCGUCGCUUGAUUUGAAGCUGGUGCAGUGUUCAUCGUUGGCUCUAUCGAUUACUAAAAUGAUCUUCUCCUGGACGUUUACGCUGGGCAGGGAAUAAAUGUCGGGCGCGACGAAUUCGUCGUAUUUUCUUAGAUGUUCUUCGAGCUCCUUGCUCUCGUUGAAAGGUUUAAUUCUGAACGUGGCCUUCGAGGAAUUCGAGCAGUUGUCUUCGGUUUGUUUGUCGGAAUUCGAGGAUUCUUCGGCGACGUUUGUGUCGAUUUCGUUGCUGUCGUAUUCCAUUGGAACUUCGUUUUUGAUUGAAUUGGGCAUUUUUAACUUGUUAAUACCAAUAACCGGCUUUUUAAGUUGAUAAGAAUACCAUAAACCAUAAGUAUUUAUUUAUCUUUUAUCUUUUUAACAAUUUUCUUGGUUAUGUGUCAAGUGUCAAUAAUGUCAAAUCAAAU